GCCGUCAUGGCGCCCGCGCCUCAGGCCUCAGCGCCUCAGGCCUUGACACCACCAGCAGCGCCCGCACCCAACCCACAGGCGAUGGAGCCCGAGGCGUUGGAAUCGGCGGAGUCAGGCGAGGAGGACCGGGCGCCCUCGUCCAAGAAGCGGCGAAGGAAGACGGGGGCCGGCGGGAUCCUGCAGCCCGCGAAGCUGAGCGAGGCCGAGCUGUACAAGGCGCCCACCAGCGAGGAGCUCAGCCGCCUCAAGGAGACCGAGAACCUCUUCCACUCCAGCCUCCUCCGCCUGCAGAUGGAGGAACUGCUCAAGGAGGUGAGGGUGAAGGAGAAGAAGAAGCAGAAGAUCGACGCCUUCCUGCGGGAAGUCAACCGGCGGCUGAGCGCCGUCCCCGCCACGCCCGAGGUCCAGCUGGUGGACCAGACCUGGCUUCCCCCAGAGGUCCGAGUCCCCUUCCUCCAGGUGCCUUUCCCCGUCAAGGGACGCUUCCGCUUCCUACCCCCGGCGCGGGUCACCGUGGUGGGCAGCUACCUGCUGGGCACCUGCAUCCGGCCCGAGGUGAACGUGGACCUGGCGCUGACCAUGCCUCAGGAGAUCCUGCAGGACAAGGAUGGGCUGAACCAGCGCUACCUCCGCAAACGGGCGCUCUACCUGGCGCACCUCGCUCACCACCUGGCACGGGAUCCCCUCUUCGGCAGCGUCCGCUUCACCUACAUGAACGGCUGCCACCUCAAGCCCCUGCUGCUGCUGCGGCCUCAGGGCAAGGAUGAACGGUUGGUGACCGUGCGCCUGUACCCGUGCCCGCCCCCCGGCUUCUUCAAACCCUGCCGUCUGCUGCCCAACAGAAACAACGUGCGCACCGCCUGGUUCCUCGGGAAGGAGACCCCAGACCAAGGCUCUACCACGGAGCCCCCCACGCCCCACUACAACAAUCUGCUCCUGUGUGACACGGCCAUGGAAGCCCACCUGCAGUUCCUGGCAGCCGUGGCCGCCUCACCUGGGCUGAGGGACGGGGUGGCUGUCCUCAAGGUGUGGCUCAGGCAGAGGGAGCUGGACCAGGGCAUGGGCGGGUUCAGCGGUUUCCUGGUGUCGAUGCUGGUCGGCUUCCUGCUGGCCACCCACAAGGUCAGCGCGUCCAUGAGCGGCUACCAGGUGCUGCGAAGCUGCCUGCAGUUUCUGGCCACCACGGACCUGACAGCCCAAGGGAUCAGCCUGUGCCGCAGCCCGGACCCCGCUCUGCCGGCCCUGGCCGACUUCCACCAGGCUUUCCCCGUCGUCUUCCUGGACCCUUCCGGCCGCCUCAACCUCUGCGCCGACAUGACGGCCAGCACUUACCAGCAGGUGCAGCACGAGGCCCGGCUGUCCAUGGCCGUCCUCGAUGACAGUUCGGCCGACGGGUUCCAGCUGCUGCUCAUGACCCCCAAGCCCCUGAUCCGGACCUUCGACCACGUUUUCCACGUGCGCCCCCCGGAGAAGCUGCAGGCCGCCUGCCACCGGCUGGAGCUGCGGGCCGAGCUGCAGGACCGCGGCGGGGACUACGUGGCCACCGCGCUGCCCCUGCUGACCAGCCUGCUGGCCCGGGGGCUGGGCUCGCGGAUCCAGCUCUUGGCCCACACGCGGCCCCAGAGCCCCCAGUGGGCAGUCAGCGAGGACCCCCCGAAGCACAAGGACCGCGGGAGCCUGGCUGUGGGGCUGCUGCUCCGCCCCGAGCACGUGGCCAGCGUCCUGGAGAUGGGGCCCGAGGCCGAUCAGCCCGAGGCUGCAGCCUUCCGGCAGUUCUGGGGCCCGCGGUCGGAGCUGCGCCGCUUCCAAGACGGGACGAUCUGUGAGGCCGUGCUGUGGGACGCCAACUCCCUGGGCCAGAAGCGCCUGGUUCCCCAGCAGGUGGUCACUCACCUCCUGCAGCUGCACGCAGACAUCCCCGAAUCCUGCGUCCACUACGUGGGAGGCCUGCUGGACCCGCUCCUCUGCCUCGGGAAAAAGCCGGGCGCCACCGGAGAGGAGGAGCUGGCCGCCGUCGUCCGGUCCUACGACGAGCUGAGCCGGCAGCUGUGGGGCCUGGAUGGGUUGCCCCUGUCCGUGACCGCCGUGCAGGGAGCCCACCCCGCCCUCCGCUACACCGACGUGUUCCCCCCAACCCCCUUCUGGCCCAGCCACCCCCACCACGGGCAGCUCGUGGAGCGGAAAUCGCUCGUGCCGCUGGCGGAGAAGCCCUGCCCGGCCUACGUGGAGCCCCUGACGGUGCUGUGUCACAUGGAGGGCAGCGGCCAGUGGCCGCAGGACGUCGCGGCCGUGCGGCGGGUGAGAGCCGCGUUCCAGUUGCGCCUGGCGGAGCUCCUGCAACAGCAGCACAGACUUCCUUGCCGGCCCACGGCCACCCACACCGACGUCUACAAGGACGGGUACGUGUUCCGGCUGCGGGUGGCUUACCACCGGGAGCCCCUGCUGCUCCGGGAGACCCUGACCCCCACCGGGAUGGUCACCCUGCGCGACACCCCCGCCUCCCGACACCUGGAGCUGGAGACCGAGCUGCUGCCGCGCCUCAGCAGCACUCUGCACGGGCUGCAGCAGCAGCACUUGGCCCUGGGCAGCACGGCGCGACUCGCCAAGCGCUGGCUCAGCGCCCAGCUCCUGAGCGACGGGCUCUCGGAGGAGACCGUGGACCUGCUGGUCGCCUGGCUCUUCCUGCACCCGGCCCCCUUCACCGUGCCCAGCUCUCCCCAGGUGGGCUUCCUCCGCUUCCUGUCGCUGCUGGCCACCUUUGAUUGGAAGAACAGCCCCCUCAUCGUCAACCUGAAUGGGGAGCUUGCCGAAGCCCACUAUUCGGAGAUCCGCAGCAGCUUCCUGGCAGCGCGCGCCCAGCUCCCGGUCAUGUUCAUCGCCACCCCCCGCGACCGCGACCGCUCCGUCUGGACCCAGGAGCGCCCCUCCGCCCAGAUCCUGCAGCGGAUCAUGGUGUUGGCCGCCGAGGCCCUGGCCGUCCUGGAGAAGCAGCUGAUGGACCCGCUGGGCUCCGGCGACGUGAAGACGGUGUUCCGCCCGCCCCUGGACGGCUUCGACGUCCUGAUCCACCUGCAGCCGCGGCAGCUGCCCCGGCACCGCCAGGCCGUGGACAGAUCUGCCAGGUCCUUCUACCGAGGCCUCCGGGAGACCGAGGGCCCCGCCGGCUGCUUCUUCCCCGUGGUGGGCUUCGACCCCGCGCAGAGCUACCUGACUGAGCUCCGGGAGGCGUUUGGGGACCUGGCGCUGUUCUUCCACGACCGGUACGGCGGGGAGGUGAUCGGGGUCCUGUGGAAGCCAGGGAGCUUCCAAGCGCAACCCUUCAAGGCGGGCGCCAUGCAGGGGCGGAUGGUGGUGGCCCAAGGCGGGGAGCUGGUGACAGUGCCCAACGUGGAGGCCGUGCUGGAGGACUUCGCCGUGCUGGGCGAGGGCCUGGUGCGGGCGAUGGAGGUCCGGAGCGAGCGUUGGACCGUCUGACCUCUCCCCGUUCCCGCCCGCGGAGCCGGGGGAGAGGUCGGCGGGGAGUCCGGCCCGCCCCCAGCCCCCUCUCCCGCGCACACAGAUAAAAUAAAGUCCCCGUCUCCCUUGUCGUU